UGAUGUUCAACGUUUACGUGCUAUUAUAUAUCGUGAUGUGGUAAGAUCAGAUCGAAGUAAACCGAACAAAAAACGUUGUCGUUGUCGUGAUAAAUCAAAUAUCCUUUUUCUUUAUAUUAUUAUUGUUUUGCUUUAUAUCGAUGAUACAAAACAAUCACAAUUUUUAGCAUUACCUAUUGUUUAUUUUGUAUCAGUACUUAUGGUAUCAAGUUAUCGAGAUAUAAUUGAAACAAAUCUUUCUAGACAAGCAUCAAUUAUAAGUACAACACCUGGUAUUCGGCAUAGUAUAAAUGAUUAG